GUAGACCACACUGAUUAUGCACACUCAAGUUACCCGAGGCCUGGUACCAUGUGGAUAGGCUGUAGGUGCUCGUCAACUAUGCAUAGACAUAUGCUGUCGCUUAUGUGGCAGAUCGGGGAAUUCAUCGAGCAUCAAAGAUCCGAACGCUGCGCAAAGGCUUUGUCUUCGCCGGCUGGCGACCAAAUCUGCAUACUGUAGAUCUCGCCUGAGGCGCAUACCGGAGGUGACAUUGUGGCAUAUCAACUAGCAAUACCGCUAAGGUGGUACAAAUAGUCUGGGUUGACGAGAAGAGAGCCCCUUUGCUUAUCAUCCGGCUCCUGCAGCUUUGCAACCAUGACGAAUCUUGGCCAUACGACACAGAAAUUCAGUCUGAACACUGGCGACGCAAUCCCGGCUAUUGGACUCGGUACCUGGAAGUCACCGCCAGACCAAGUUCGCAAAGCCGUCUGUCAUGCUCUUCAAUCAGGCUACAGUCAUAUCGACACUGCCUUGAACUAUCGCAAUGAGGUCGAGGUUGGCCAGGGUAUCCGAGACUCUGGAAUCCCCCGAGACCAGAUCUGGGUCACGACAAAACUUGAUAACCCCUGGCAUCAUAGAGUCAGAGAGGGAUUUGACAAGUCCUUCAGUGACCUGGACCUCAAAUACAUCGACUUGUACUUGGUGCACUUCCCUUGCUCAACCGACCCCAAUGACCCGUCGAAGCACCUGCCAGACUGGGACUUUGUAAAGACUUGGCAAGAGAUGCAAAAGUUGCUGGAUACAGGGAAAGUCAGGAACAUCGGCGUGUCCAACUUUCAGAUUCGUCACUUGAAAAGGCUUCUCACGGACCCGUCCUGCAAAGUCGUUCCAGCCGUCAACCAGAUCGAGCUACAUCCCGGCAAUCCAUCUACCAAGUUGUUAGAGUAUUGCCUCUCAAGAGGCAUACACUGUACGGCCUACUCCUGCCUCGGGGGAGCCACAGAUAAUCCACUUUUCAAAGAGCCUGUCCUAAGUCAAAUAGCGCAUGCCACAGGCAAGACGCCCGCUCAGAUAUUGUUGAUGUGGAGCCUUCAGCGAGGCACCAGCAUUAUCCCUAAGAGCGUGACAACAACAAGGAUAGAGGAGAAUUUCCAGUUGGAUGGUUGGGAGUUGGCCAAGAAUGAAAUGGAAGCUCUGGAUGGCCUCAAAACCAGGUUCAAGGUCGUCAAUGACUCGUGGAUGCCUAUCAAGGUGUUCUUCGGAGACGACGAAUGACUGUGUCGAUAUUGCCGGGUAUCCUGGAGUCCCGCAGGAACGUGCACUGAAUCGUGCGGCUCAUCGUGUCAGGAGGCGCAAAGAACGCUUGUCACGGUUGGACAGCAAGGCUGAUUGAUUCAGUUGAGCUCACUUCAUACUGGCGUAUCCCCAGUCAAGCUCAUUGAAUAUGAGCCUGUCGCAGAACCUCUCCUCAUAAUCUGUGCAGCUUGGGUGAAAAAAGAGUCGAUCCUCAAAGCAACUGGUCGAAUCAACUGC